GAGGCGAGAAGUGAAGUACAGACUGGUCGAACGUAGCGAUCUCAAUAUACCCACAGUCUAUUCCGCAGUGUUCUUGAUUACUCGUAAUCCGGAGUGUAAGAUUUGCCCGACAGGGCUUAGGUUUGGCAAAAGUUGUGAAAAUGCAAGGAACAUCGUACCGUUAUUAUUUAUUGGCGCUCGUGGCGCUCUAUAUAAGUUCCCAGGCCUAUUCUGUCGAAAUAUGCGUAGAAGGCGAUACUUUCGAAAUAGUAUUUGAAAAACGAGGAUGGGACGGGGCCAAGGCAUCUUGUGAGUCGAAAGGUGGCCAGUUAGCUGUCCUUGCAACGAAGUCUGUCAAUCUCGGCGUGCGAUCAUACUUAAGAGACAAUGACAUUGGGUCGCAAUUCGGACAAGGCGGGCUGUGGAUUGGCUUUGAAGAUAAGAAAGACGAAAACCAAUACCGAUGGAUCGACGACACGCCGUGGGAAUACACCAACUGGCAAGACAACCAACCGAACAAUAAUUAUAGGAAAGACUCUUGCCACGGCCAAGACUGUGGACAGCUGUGGAAAUAUCCAAGAAAGAAGCCUGGCUUCAAAUGGGACGACGAUUAUUGUUUUAGACUCAAGCCGUAUAUCUGCCAGUAUAAAAACGCAUGCGUUUAAUUUACCUAAGCGUAUGACGUCAUACACCUGGCGAUAAUAUCCAUCAUCGAUAUGUAGACGAACUCAGUCCUCGACACGUAUAAAUUUGUAUAGUUCAAUUGUGGUAUCAUAACGACAUUGCGGUGACGUUGGUGGCGGUAUUUUCGUAUUUAACAAGUCAUGUCCGACUGUUCAUUUAAAUGUAUGAAUUUAGCUUUAAUUAAUAGAUGUAUGAGUACAAGUGUUAAUUAAUUUUUUCGAAAUUUCCAAAAUAUAGUCACGUUGAUUUUCAAAUAUUAUGCCCCCACCCGUUCGCACCCCAAUUCUAAAUACUGGUGCAAGUCACCACAAACCAAACUGGAGGUAUUAACGUUGACAUGAUUACCCCUCCAAUCAUGUCAAAGUUGAAACUCUGCAAGUGCGAAAUAUUAUCACCACCCCCCACCCUCCUCUGGUAUUCUGGAGAAUGUCAUGGUACAGUUAUUUCGAUUUCAAAUACAAUGUGAUUCGUAGUUUACUGAAUAAAGAGCACUCAUAUA